GAUUUCUCUGAAGGCAAGCUGCAGGAUUAUCCAGAUUCCGAUAUUCCGACAGCUUGUCAUUGGCCGCAAUUUCUCGCUGGCUGUGUAUAAACGGUGCAGCGUUGCAGUCCAAUGGGCUUCGUCUCCGACAAGCAGGUUCGGUUCGUACCAAGUCCCGAGAUUUGGAUCGCUUGUGAUUGGUUUGAAUCGACCUGCAAGAGGAUAGGGCCCAGCGUUGAUGAUCUCUAGGGAAAUGACAUAAAUGAUAGUAUGCCCGCGUAUACUUCCGUGAUUCAGGUCGAUGCCCGCAACACUUGAUCAGCCAGCUCCCAAGCUCAGAUCAAGCAAUGAUUUCCAAUGCCUGGAAGUACGCCUACUGGAUCAACGUUCUUUUCAAUUGGAACCGGCAUCGGGUUUUCACCGACCCGUACACCACUCUAGGUAUAGAGCAUCCCGUCAACUUGCAAUCUCUCGUGAUAGAGUUCAUGUACUCCAUUACCUAUCUCGUCAAGAAGUUGAUGGGCAGCCUCUGGAAGAAUGUGAUCGCAUAUUUUGGCCAGACUUCCACUGCGAACCAUGACUCAUGGACUGUAUCGUAUGCCAUUCUCAUGGUUUGCUAUGCAAUCAAAGGCUCUAAAAACCUCAAAUGCGAUGCGAAAGGCCUUCCUUACCUGGACAAAUUCAUGUCUAGCUUGCGUUCCACCUCAGAACCACUGUUGAGAGCACUACAGCACUAUAGAUGGGAAGGGGCUCAUCGUUCCUGCAAUAAAGUGAACCCGAAGCAGAAGUUGUUCGACGACUUGCUUGACAACUCAAAGUCGUUGAGACCCUUUUUUGCGAUAUCAUUCGAGCACCAACCAGGAUUCAUCGGAGGCUUUCCGUCUGAAAGAUUUACUUCGUCUUUCUCUAAGACUUUCCAGGUGACGCCCUUUCUGGACCAGGACGACUUAUUUUCUGGGAAGCAGAAAGCUGCCCACCCAUGCUACCCUGCGACCUUGGACCUUGAGAUGGUUCAGGAGCAAGCUUGGUUUCUUUCAGCCGAUACUGUUGACUCUUUGAGCCUGGUACCGGAUGUCAUGACGGAAUCAUACACUGUUGGAGUGGAAUCGACGUGUCAUCAGACAGACUCAAAGAGAAAAUAAACUCAAAGUCUGACAAAAGAUGAGAGGCCGCUUAAGAAGAUGCAGAUGAAUGGCUCAGAUAUCGAGGAACUGCCACAGGACGAGUCGUUGUUCAUGGAUGUAGGCGUAUGGCAGGACAGGAUGCUUUAUGGACUGACUGCGUGGCACUACUUAGAAAUCGACCUGGAUAACGUUCUACGCAAGAAAGAGGCUCUGAGUAACAGCACGAGGCCUUAGGGCUCAGAGCAAGGGUCUUACAUUACAUGGCUGCAAAGGAAACGCAACACUUGCUCAAUGAGGGUUGAGGCGUUUGCGUCUCCAUAGAUACUAACAGUUCUCACGUGUCAACUCGGGCCCUAAGUGUAUAUUGCCUGGAUCUUCUGAGUGUACGUCUGGUUGGAAAGUCCAGGGCCUUUCACGCGACUUGGUAUCUGCACGCGCUACUUGAAACUUUCUUGUCUGCA